AUGAGUAGUUUUAUUGAUCAAUUGGAUUCCUUAGCAAGACGCAGCAAGUGCGCUAAUGCCCUCUUGUGGAGUGUUUUCGCCUUUGGUGUCGUGAAAGCGACUACGCUAGUCCUGAGAUACUUUGCAUUAGUCCUGGACCUAUUUGUUCUUCCACCAGUAAGUUAUGCCAAGUAUGGAGCUGGCAAGGGCAAGUACUGUGUUAUCACUGGUGCCAGUGAUGGAAUCGGUAAAGAGUUUGCGAUCCAAAUGGCUCGCCGUAAGUUUAAUUUGGUGUUGAUCUCCAGAACUUUAUCGAAAUUGGAGACUCUACAAAAGGAAUUGCAGGGCAAAUAUGGGAUCGAGGUCAAGAUCUUGUCUAUUGAUGUUUCUCAAGAUGUUCCCGAGAACUACAUUGCUGUGCGUGAGGUGUGUAAGGGGUUGCCCAUCACCGUCUUGAUCAACAACGUCGGUCAAUCGCAUUCGAUCCCCGUACCUUUCCUAAAAACCGAAGAAAAAGAGCUAAGAGAUAUUAUUACAAUCAACAACACCGCUACUUUGUUGUUCACUCAGAUUAUCACUCCAACUAUUAUCGAAACCGCUUCGAACUCGAGAUGUCGCGGUUUGAUCCUAACGAUGGGCUCCUUUGGCGGAUUGAUCCCAACACCAUUGUUGGCUACUUACAGUGGUUCCAAAGCGUUCUUACAGAGCUGGUCUAACUCCUUAGCGGGAGAACUAAAAGAAAAUAACGUCGAUGUCGAAUUGAUCUUAUCUUACCUUGUCACGAGCUCGAUGUCUAAAGUUAAGAGAACUUCAAUGAUGAUUCCAAAUCCAAGAAACUUCGUCUCCUCUACCCUGGCCAACGUCGGUAGACGUUGUGGUGCCCAGGAAAGAUACGGCACGAUCACGCCUUAUUGGUCUCACGCGCUCUACCACUGGGUCAUUGAAGAAACCGUUGGAGUCUACUCCAGAGUGGUCAAUGGCAUCAAUUAUACGAUGCACAAGUCGAUCAGAGCCAGAGCAUUGAAGAAGCUUGAGAGACAGCAGAAGAGCCAGUGA